CUCUUUCUCAUGGGUCUCAGCUUUCUUGGACAUAUAUAUUGUGAAGAAUAUGUUAUGAUAUAAAGUUGAAUUGAUAGCUCUAAUUACUUUUUUAAUGGAGAUUCCAAGAUUUUUCUUUGUUCUUUUACUGCUUGAAGUAGCUUUCAUUACCUUUUUAGCAUCCCCAGUGGGAUCCCAGAAUGGUAGUGCUGUAAAGGUUGAUGUUGGCCUGAUUCAUGAUUGGGACACCAUUUCUGGAAAGAUGAGGAAUGCAUGCAUGUCUCUAGCCCUCUCUGAUUUCUAUGCCAAUAGCAAUCACACCACCCAGAUUGUUGUUCACUUCAGAGACUCCAAAUCUGAUGAUGUUGAUGCAGCAUCUGCAGCCAUAGACCUGCUGAAAAAUGUACAAGUUCAAGCAAUCUUAGGCCCUCAGGCAUCAACACAAGCAGAUUUCAUAACAGACAUAGGGAAGAAAGUGAAAGUUCCUAUAAUUUCUUCAGCCACAAGUCCUGCUCUUUCACCAUCCCAAAAUCCAUACUUUAUCAGAGCAGCAUACUGCUCUUGUGCACAGGCUAAGGCAAUUGCAGCCAUUGUUAAGGCCUUUGGUUGGAGGCAAGUUGUGUUUAUCUAUGAAAACAGCAAUUUUGGCAGUGGAAUUCUUCCCCAUUUGACUGAUGCCAUGAUGGAAAUCAGCGUUUCAGUGCCAGAUCGAAGUGUCCUUUCGCCAUCAGCUGAUGAUGAUCAGAUCAUGGGGGAGCUAUCGAAGUUAAAAACGAAACAGACACGAGUCUUCAUAGUCCAUUUGCAUCCAACUUCUGCUUCUAAAUUUUUUAAGAAGGUAAAAGAAGCUGGAAUGAUGAGCAGUGGAUAUGUGUGGAUAAUCACGGAUGCUUUCACUAGUCUUUUGGUUUCCAUGGAUCCCUCGGUUCUUGAUUCUCUGCAGGGGGUUAUAGGUGUAAAGCCUUAUGUCCCAAGUUCAGUUCAGCUGAAUAACUUCACCCGGAGAUGGAAAUCAAAGGCGUUUCGUAAACAAAAUCCAGACAUGGAUGGAGUGGAGCUCAAUGUUUUGGGGCUAUGGGCAUAUGAUAGUGUCACAGCAUUAGCCACAGCACUCGAGAAAGUUGGCAGUUCUGGUCUGAAGUUCAACAGAACAGUUAAUAGGAAGAAUUCAACAGAUUUGGAUGCAAUUGGGACAUCAGAAUUCGGGCCUUUGCUACUUGAAUCGAUACGAAACAUCAGAUUCAGAGGACUUAGUGGUGAUUUCCACAUAGUUGAUGGAGAACUGCAGCCAUCUGCAUUUCAGAUAGUGAAUGUGAUAGGCAGAGAGGAAACGAUUGGAUUCUGGACAGAAAAGUAUGGGAUUUCCAAGAUUCCAAACCCAAAGGAUACAACUGUGUACUCUGCUAACAAAGAUGUUCUUGGGGCUAUUACUUGGCCAGGUGGCUCUACUAUUGUUCCUAGAGGCUGGGAGAUUCCUGCAGGUAAAGAGUUAAGGAUUGGAGUUCCUGCCAAAAAGGGGCUCGAGCAAUUCGUAAAUGUCACAACUGAUCCUAAGACAAACAUUACAAACGCAACUGGUUUCUGUAUAGAUGUUUUUGAACAAGUGAUGAAGUCUAUGCCUUAUCAUGUACCAUAUAAAUAUAUACGUUACGAAAUCCCUCAAGGAGAAAAUUUUCCAGGCUACGAUGACUUCGUUGAUCAAGUCUUCUUUGGGAAUUUUGAUGCAGUAGUUGGUGAUAUUACCAUUUUAUCAAACCGGUCCAAUCAUGUGGAUUUCACAUUGCCAUUUACAGAGUCUGGUGUCACCAUAGUUGUCCCGGUUAAGCAAGAUGACAGGAAGAAUGCAUGGAUUUUCCUGAAGCCUCUGAAGAAAGAACUCUGGGGAACGAUUGCAGCGUUCUUUGUCUUCAUUGGCAUCGUGAUUUGGGUACUUGAACACCAAGUAAACAAAGAGUUCCAAGGUCCACGCCACAAGCAAGUCGGGAUGGUGUUCUGGUUCUCCUUCUCCACUCUUGUAUUUGCACACAGGGAGAAGGUAAUAAGCAAUUUUUCGAGAUUCGUGAUCAUAGUUUGGGUGUUUGUGGUGCUGGUUCUGACAUCUAGCUACACGGCUAGCUUAACAUCCAUGUUAACAGUACAACAGUUGCAGCCUACUGUCACUGAUGUUUACGAUCUGAUCAAGAAUCGAGACUAUGUUGGGUACCAGGAUGGCUCCUUUGUUGCUGAUAUGCUAAAAAACAUGAACUUUGAGAGUAGAAGAAUUAGGAAUUAUAGCACGUUAGAAGAGUACGAUGAAGCGCUUACAAAAGGAAGUGGAAAUGGCGGGGUUGCUGCUAUUGUGGAUGAGCUUCCCUAUCUUAGGCUCUUCCUUGAAAAAUAUUGUGGGAAGUACACUAUGGUUGGUCCAAUCUACAAGACUGCCGGUUUUGGAUUUGCGUUUCCGAGGGGAUCUCCUCUGGUGCCUGAUGUCUCGAGAGCGAUAUUGAAUGUGACAGAGAGCGACGCCAUGCUGAACAUAACGAUAAAAUGGCUAUGGAACGAAACGGAUUGUUCACAACAAGAUGGAACCUUGGCUGCAUCAGAUAGCCUGGCACCAGGAAGCUUUAAAGGCCUUUUCAUCAUUGUUGGUGCUUCUGCAUUAUCAGCUCUUCUCAUAUUCUUCUGCUCCUUCCUAAAUGACAACAAGGCUAUCUUAGCGUCCCACGUUUCAAUCUGGCAAAAGCUUUCUGCAUUAGCAAAGGCUUUUUGUGAGGGAAAGGACACAUCUAGGGAGUCUCAGAAGCCGAAUGUGGUUUCCUCCGAGGAUGCAAUAAUGCCCGAGCACCAUCCACCAAGUCCAGAAACCAGCAUUGCAGAUUCUCCCGGGCAAGGCGUUUUCACUCAGGAUGAGGGAUUCAGUACAAAAGAACCGGGAAUUCUAGUUCGCAACAACAUUCCCAUACCUGAAAAGGAGGUUUCAGAAAGAUGAUACAGAAAACUGUAGUUUAGAUCAAAGUUCUUACCAUGUAUAGUUAGCUAAACAGAUAGCUAAUUUGGCCCGAAUGCCUUAAUUAGUUUGGGUUGUGUA